CGGCCACAUUACACGGGUUGACAUCAAAAACCCCCAAAUUCAGUUUUGUUCCUAUAAAACCUAAUUUAGUUUACCACUCAUUAUCUCCAAAAAUCCACCAAAAUUUGGUCCCCUGUUUUUCAUUAUUUCGUAAUAUCCAAAAGCCAAACCCAUAUCCCGAAUUCUUCAACGGACAAAAUAUACAGAUUACUAGUUGUUGGAUAUAAAUAAUUGCGUCCAUUCACAAGUGACUCCUUUAAUUAAAACAACCCAGUUUUGUUGUUUUUGUUUGAAAACACAGAGUCUUGAUCCUCUGUGAUUCAGGUGUACUGUAAGGAUCAAAAAGAUUGUUUCUUGGGCGGUUGAAAAUGGAUGAGGGUGUUCUUGAUAAUAUAAUACGGAGAUUACUUGAUGCCAAGAAUGGUAGAACUGUGAAACAAGUUCAUCUUCCUGAGUCUGAGAUUAAACAGCUUUGUCUUACUUCUAAGGAUAUUUUUCUUAGUCAACCAAAUCUGCUUGAACUUGAAGCUCCUAUUAAGAUUUGUGGAGAUAUCCAUGGUCAGUUUCCUGAUCUGCUUCGUUUGUUUGACUAUGGUGGCUUACCGCCUGAGGCGAAUUAUUUAUUUUUGGGAGAUUAUGUUGACCGUGGUAAGCAGAGUAUAGAGACCAUUUGCCUGCUUCUUGCAUACAAAAUAAAGUAUAAGGAGAAUUUCUUUCUUCUUAGGGGAAACCAUGAAUGUGCUUCUAUUAAUCGCAUAUACGGAUUCUAUGAUGAGUGCAAGAGGAGGUAUAAUGUUCGUCUGUGGAAAACAUUUACGGACUGUUUUAAUUGCCUGCCUGUUGCUGCACUUAUCGAUGAAAAGAUCCUUUGCAUGCAUGGGGGAUUGUCGCCCGAGUUGAAAAAUAUGGAUCAGAUCAGGAACAUACCUCGACCGGCAGAUGUCCCAGAUCAGGGCAUUCUCUGUGAUUUGUUGUGGUCUGAUCCCGAGAAAGAACUUGAUGGUUGGGGAGAGAAUGAUAGAGGAGUCUCAUACACUUUUGGAGCAGACGCAGUUUCAGAGUUUCUCCAGAAGCAUGACUUUGAUCUUAUAUGUCGAGCUCAUCAGGUUGUAGAAGAUGGUUAUGAAUUUUUCGCGGAUCGCCAGCUUGUAACGAUAUUCUCAGCACCAAACUACUGUGGAGAGUUUGAUAAUAAUGGAGCCAUGAUGAGUGUGGACGAUUCCUUAACUUGUUCAUUUCAAAUCCUUGAAGCUUGUGAAAAGAAAGGAAAACUGGAUUUUGGUAACAAAAUGGUGAGACCCGGAACUCCGCCGAGAAAGGGUGGGAAAGGUUAGUUAGCGAACUUACUGCUCAUACCUUACAUUGCAAACUUGCAACGGAGAUGAAGAGAUGAUGUAGGUGUGCGUUAGCUUCCUCAUUGCUCAAAAAAUUUAAAAUCACAUAAUUGAUGCUACCCCAAAUUGAGAGACGAUUGAACAACAAAAAGCCGUUUCUUUGAGGGGCUUUAUUUUCAGGAUGUUCAUCUGUAGAAGAGGCCUCAUUUUAAGGGUUGUAUUUUGUAAAUUCAUGUUCUAGAUCGUUGUAAUGGGUAGUAACUAACGUUUAAUGUUCCCGUUCAUUUACAUAAGCACCACUUAUUGUGCAAGCUUUUAACUCUCAAAGAUUGCAGAAAGGGAAUGCCAGAAUUAAUGUUAUUCUUCUCUAUUAUUGCCUUCACUGGCUCGAAUUUGUGAAACACUCAAUCUGAAUUCUUUAUGAUGUUACUC